AUGGCGUCGGGUGGAUCCUCUAGCCGAACCGCCUCAGUCUCCAGGUCGUUCGCUUUUGGUGCUGAUGAUGUUUUCGGCUCCUAUGACUAUCGCGACGCCCGCGAUCCUUCAGUCGUCAAUCGAACAGAUCCUCGGGAAACAAGUGAUAAUGAAAUGGGCAGGUCAUUAUUUAGUAUCCCUGAGCAAGAAGAUUAUUCUAAGGAGAGCAUGAUAUGUUGUGUCGAGAAAUGCAUGAAGAAAUAUGUUGAUGAAUUCAAGUCUGUGGAGAAGCAUAUUCAAGAGAUCCAUAGGUCUGUCUAUAUUCUGAGAGACAAGCAAGAGCUUGCUGAAACUCAAAAGGAAUUGGCAAAGCUUCAAAUUUUGCAGAAUGAAACUUUGCAGAAGAGUGAAAAUGCUAUUGUCCAACCAGUGUUGGACCCAAAAUGUCAGGAUGAUAAAUCACAUACUGCAAACCUACACCUAGCUCUUGUUCCACCUCAGGCUCCUUCUCCCGCAGGAGCUUCCCAGCAAGUCCCACCAUAUAAAGAACUACUGAUGCUGCAUCAAGCACCUGCCACUCCUAGCAUCCACCAAGGUCAAAUUGUAGUUGAUGAGGCUGGCAAAUACUAUUAUGUGCAUCAAUCUUUGCCGCAGUAUAAAGAUGGGCUACCUGCACAACCUGAUCUACAGAAUGUUCUGCAUAGAUCCCAGUUGCAAGACGCCCCCAUUCAAGCAACACAAACACAGACUCUGAUAGUAAACCAGAAUCAAUCUCCACCAGCUUCUCAAUACAAGCAGCUGUUACACCCUCAAUCAGAUCAGCAAUUUCAGCAACUGGUAAUGCAACAUCAACCACCUGUUCCACAUGCUCAAGUCAAGCCUCAAGUUGUAUCAUCAUAUCUUACUUACACAACUCGGUCCGUAAACCCUGUUCCCAAAACAUUUUGCAGUACCAUGCCCGCACAAGUUGCUAAUUCAGGAGGCCUGCAACCUGUUGUGAUAUGCUCCGAAGUUGCUCCGUUUAGUUAUGGAUCUACUGACACCUCUGUAUCUCAGCCACCCACAAAUCAUCAUGCAGCGGAAUCUAAACAGCAUUCAGUUUGCCGGAGCUCUUUGGAGCCAGAUCUUAGCAAGGGUUCUUACAUGAGCAGUACUGGUGCAAUGUAUUCACCAAUCCAGUACAAUUUACAAGCUUACAACCCUGCUUACAACUAUUCUCUGAGCAACCUUCAACCGUCUGCUGGGAAUCAGCAACGGCCUUCUAGUGCAGAUCUACACCGUGACCCUCAGCUGAUGCAGAAUCACCCGUAUGGGGAGAUUCUUGAGAAAGCUGUUGCAAUGGGUUAUGAUAGAAAUAUGGCAUUAAGCAAUGUCCAGUGGAUGGUUGAGAAUGGCCAAGCCGUUGAUUUUAAUUCUUUAAUUAACAGAUUGAAUCGACAAGUUGCAGGAGCAUCUGCACGAGCUUGGUGAGGCUAUAACUCAUUCUGGUAUUUAGAUUGAUAAUUACCCUUUUAGAGCAGAUGGUAGUGGUUAAUGGGUUUCUGGCAUGGAUUCUACCUGCAUCAAAAUGGCCUUGCAAAUUUUAGUGCGGGGCCACAAUUCUAACAGUUGUAUGAUUGACAAAGAACCUGUUUGAACUGAUUUGCAUCCAUAUGUCUGUUAUCUUUUGUUCAAAAUGAUAUAUUUCAAUGUAGAACGUUACCAUAACUACGAUUCUCCAUUUCAGUAGCGUUUUCAAAAUCAGUUCUGCAGUUGAACCAUGGCUUGGCUGUUUCUGU